GUUUAUUCCGUGUUUACACCUCGACUGAACCUUCACCCUCCCUCCAUCUGUUGGCUGCAUGAUAUUCCUCGAUUGAUGCUAUAUUCCUCAUUCGAAUACGGUCUUGUGGAUGUCGAUUUCGGAACUAACAAGAAAUUCAUUCCAGAGUGGGUUGUCGGCAGCCACCUGGGCGGGUCUUUGCAAGCUUUUCAACUCUAAAGAUGUAUCGCUACGCGAUCAGGAAACAACAGAGACUGAAAUAAGCAAUUCUGUUCUACUUUUGUUUAGGUCAUAUCUUGGCGACCCAGAUUUGCACAGUUAUCUCAAGUAUGCCGUUCGAAACGGCUUGGUAUCAGUGCCGGUAUUUGUUGCAACACUUCUUCAGGCCGCGAGGUCGCCAGAACUCCACCACGGUGCUACAUUGGACAUGUUUUGUCGUAUCGCGCUGGGUGCCCACUAUUCUUCUGGUCUUCCAUCCAUCGGAUCAUUAGUUGCGUACGGAGAACCACCCAGUGCGAUUCUAGGAAUUAUACAAGAUGCAUUUGCACUGCUCCGGACGGCCUACACACUGCCCAUGUCUCAUUUCCAUCAAUUGACGACUUCGUCUUCUGAACUCGUGGUCGCUCUCUUAUCGUGUAUAACCGACAUUUCGCAACUACCCACUGGUCAAGCAAUGGCUCUCUUCGCAGAUGUCAAUGAUCUGCUUCAAAAUUUUCGCGUUGGUCAGGAGGUCAGACACGUCUUGGAAUCGUUCGCGUUAUCGUUAAGUCUAGCUAUCGGCGACGAUGCAAAAGUAGCUCGAGGAUCCCAGAUGAUACAUACGGAACCUUCUAUUCGAGAAAAGGGUGACAUGGUGGGGCACGGUUCGAAUAUUGAUAUUGCCGCUUUGAGUUUUGUUUUCCGGCAUCUCGUAACUUUUCGAGGAACAGACCAUGGAGCGGGAGGGGGAGACUAUCCAGCGGCAUUGCUUGUUGGAGUCUUUCGAUGGACCUCGUGGACACCGGUCGUCUUCUACACCCAACUGUAUCUGAGUGUUUUCACCUGUCUAAUGCAAUGUGCAGCUAAUCCGGGCGCGUUGGUAUGGAGAGCAUUCAUAAUUGGCAGGCUUCCAAGCAUCCUGCUGUCUUUCCAGAAAUACGUUAACGCGGAAAAUACAAAUACAGUUGAAACGGAUUGGAAAAUCGCACACCAGGCUGCAUUUACGGCUUUACUCCGACGUAAUGAUCUGUUAAUGAUCGUGAAUACCUUAUUUUCGAAAAUCGACAAACUAGAAGAGCAGCGACAACUCCCUCGAUCAUUCAUGCAACAGCAACUUGCUCUUGGCCUUAUUGACCAGCGAAUUGCUGUAAGCCUAGAUUCUCGAAUUUCCAACUUCCAUGUGUCUACUCUCCAAUCUGAAGCCGAAGAGGCUGGGUACACCCUCUCUUCCUAUCUUGAAUGGAAACUCUCUCGCGACAGCCACGACGACACGGCAUUAUGGAUGGAUAAGAUAUGGAGCAACUGUGGAAGUCAUGCCACAUUCGCUGAUUUUGUUUGCAAGCGUUUGACUGCAUGCGCUGGUCAUUUUGAUAUCGAAGGCCUUAGUCAGCUCUGCAAGAACCUGCAUUCUCGCCACUACGCUGUGGAUAUACUGGCAUUACAUAGCAGGCUAUCGGAUCCAAUUGCACAUAUCCUGCUUUUCUUAGAAGGCUAUAAUUGUGAGACCGUGGGAGAUCCUCAAGGGGCAAUGAAUCUUUUGGGAGUAGUCGUGCUGUUCGUGCAGUCUAUUCUAAUACGGUUCAAGCUCCACGGGAAACUUUUUGUUGUGAAAGACAGAAAACUGAACUGCGAGUAUUUAAUACAACCACCCAAAGUUCUUACGCAGGAAAUGAUUCCUCCUGAGGACCUCGGAACUUUCAAGGCUUGGUUAAAAACGCUGUUCGACAGUAGCAGUGAAGGCAUAGAAGACACGAUAUUACGUUCUACCCACCCAAAGGUUCUCUUGCGUCUGUCGCCAAAUCUUUUAUUACACGCCAUCACAAUGAAUUUGGAAGGGAGAAUUGACAACGAUUUGCUAAACAACGGGGUCAUGUAUUUCAUAGAUCCCGUCUUGAAUUGGACGCUCGUAAGCAUCGUCAAAGCGUUACUGGAGGAGAUUCAGAGGAGAAAAUUCGACGCCCGUGUACAUUUCGAGGUUCUUCAGACGAUAGUGACAUCUCAGUCAUGUCCAAAGCCUGUGAUAGUCCUCUGUGGACCAUUGGUAUUGGCUUUACUGAACAAAAUAAAACAAGGUGCAAGUCACUACAUGGGAUCAUUCAACGCAGAAAUCGUUCACAACGCUGUCUCCGAGUUACUUGGGAUUAAACAAGCUAGUCUCAUACAAAACUUGUUGACAACGAACAGACAUGUAGGAUGGCGCAAUCAGCCUAAACUAGCCAUUCAAGAUGCUUUGGCCACCGCCAGAGCGGGCAAAGGUCCCUUCAUAGACGUGGCACGCUGUUUGAGGAUUGUGGCGCCGACGAGGUUCUUAGAGCUCUUGUGGUCCCAAUUGAUGAAUGGUGCCGGGGUUGGUGGGUCCAUGGAGGGCGGAAAGAGACUCGUCGUCCUGAUUUUAACCUUACCAUUGCCUGGCUCGCCACCUCUGUUUCCCCUCUUUAUCAACACCGUGUUGCCUUCCCUAAUCUCCCACAUCGAUCAACUUCCUGUUUCCGAGCAAGCGGCGCAGACGGAAAUGCUUCAAUCGAUCAUCACUUCUCUGUUCACCGCUGCAAUUUCUACGGAGGUCGCCAUGAGGACUGUAUUAGGACAGCAUGGACCAGUCCUUGGACAGCACAGUUCCGUAAUGGCCCGACGUUUGGUGGCAGAAUUGCGCACUCGGAAGCUGAGCUAUACAAGCAGCAGCCUGUCUCAACGGUUGAGCACCUCCACCCCAUGUGUAGCCAAUUUUCCAAUAUUUAUGGACUUAGAGUCAUUGAAAUAGUGUAACGACCACGAAAUAACGUUGAGAGGGAGUUUUGCAAAGUUUUGUCUACUUAAUUUUCUAUUCAUCAAAACAAUUCAUUCUGUAGUCCCCGGAGAUGAUGGAACUACC